GUGGGCGAGAAGGUCGAGCCGGCUAAGAUGGCGGCGCCCAGGCGGGCGCGUUGAGGGGAAGGAAGGGCAAGCGGGGCGCUAGGCCUGGGUCUCCGCCACGAACCGAGCCGGGGAGUCCCUGCUCCUUCGGGCCUUUUCGGGGAGAGCCGGGAGGAAAGCGGAGGAGGCAGCCUUCGUGGCCGGCACUGUGUGCACCGCUUAAGGAAAGCUGAGGGGGUUUUCCUGGGGGCCCGUCGCCGUGCGAGUAGAGAGGGAUGAGGCGAAGAAGACGGUGCCUUCGGUCGAGUUGAAACAAGCGGCCGCUUCAGCGCGAGCGACUGGUCCUCACCCAGGCAUGACCGGCAGGGGAUUCAUCCUGCGGGCAGAGCACCUCUCCUAGGAAUAGCUUCCUAAUACCUCAGAAAAAAAGCCAUGCAGCAAGUGCCAUGCAAGUUUGCGUGCUUCUUAAGAGUCACCAAAGAAAAGAGGGUUACAUUUCAGCAGUUACACUUCUUCAAGCGUAUGUAUGUAAUAGAACAUAAAAAAGCACUCUGUCAGCGAGCAAAACUGAAGCCAGAAUCAACAACGCCUCCUUACUUUGAAGGACAACAUUCAGUUCCAGAAAAGACGGUUAGCCAUUUGGUGAGAUCGGUUUCGCCUCUUCUUCCCCCUUUAUCUGAGAAACCAACAGUGAAUGAAUCUGAAGCACUGACGCCCAUGGCAAUUCUAAACAAUACAGAAAAGACAGUAGAGUCCAUGUCUCAGGAAGAAAAACAAUGGAAAGAGAUGAAACUACAGUUGGAUACUUUACCAGGGGUUUUGGCACGUUUGUCCAAAAUCAAACUUACAGCCCUGGUUGUAAGCACUGCCUCAGCUGGAUUUGCAAUGGCACCAGUACCCUUUGACCUAACCUGUUUCCUGCUUGCCUCCCUUGGAACAGGGCUGUCCUCAUGUGCUGCUAAUGCCAUCAACCAGUUCUUUGAGGUUCCAUUUGACUCAAAUAUGAACAGGACAAAAAACAGACCACUGGUGCGAGGACAGAUCAGUCCUCUCCUUGCUGUCUCCUUUGCCAUCUCCUGUGCAGUACCAGGAAUAGCCUUGCUGACUCUUGGUGUAAAUCCUCUUACUGGAGCUCUGGGAGCCCUCAACAUUGCCCUAUACACAUGCUGUUACACACCACUGAAGAGAAUUAGCAUUGUCAACACAUGGGUCGGAGCUGUGGUCGGUGCUAUACCCCCAGUCAUGGGAUGGACAGCAGCCACCGGCAAUCUGGAUGCAGGUGCAUUGCUUCUGGGAGGGAUUCUCUACUCCUGGCAGUUUCCCCAUUUCAAUGCACUAAGCUGGGGCCUCCGUGAAGAUUACUCCCGGGGUGGCUACUGCAUGAUGUCCGUAACUCACCCAGCAAUGUGCAGAAGAGUGGCUCUGCGUCACUGUUUGGCGUUAAUUGGACUCUCGUCGCUGGCUCCCAUCUUAGAUGUCACCACAUGGACCUUCCCCAUCAUCUCUCUCCCUAUCAACCUUUACAUUUCGUAUCUUGGCUUCCGUUUCUAUAGAGAUGCGGAUCGCAGCAGCUCCCGGAAGUUGUUUUUUUGCAGCCUCUGGCACUUACCAUUGCUACUUCUGCUCAUGCUCACAUGCAAGAAAUCUUGGUAUGAAAAGGAAGAUAAAAAAGAACCAAUCCACUGAGAACUUAUUAUGCUGAAAAAGUAAUGUUGUCUUUGUGAUAACUAUGGUUUCAGAAAUUCAAUUUCAGAAUAAUGUAUUUCAGUUACACAAGGUGAGAAGAUUUAUAUUGAUAUGUUCGGAUAAUAUUUUAGGUCCAAUGAACCCACGGUGUGAUUGUUUUCAAAUUAAAUGAUUUCAUUUGAAGAGAUAAA